AUGUGCAGUCUAGGGUUCCCUCCCUUCAGUGCGUAGGAGUCUAGUCUGCGAAUCACUUGUGGGUUUUAAUUGGACCGGAUUCUCCAAUUAACGGGAAUCCCUGUCAGAGAAGAAACCGGCAGCCUGCCUCUCACAUUUCUUAUAAAAGCAGACACAGUGCAGGACUCAGCAGGAUUUGGACGGAGGUUCACUCUUUCAAGGUUGAAACAGAGAACACCUGUGAAGAUGACUCCAUCAGUUCUUUCUGCUCUUCUUCUGCUGGCUUGUGCUCUCCCAUUCAAUUCUGCUCAGUCAAGCUGUAGUGGGAGAUGUGGAGGAGAGUAUUACAGAGGUUACAUGUGCCAGUGUGAUUAUGACUGUCUCACUCACGAGGAGUGCUGUAAAGACUACGAAUCCCAGUGCACCACCAGUGACUCGUGUAAAGGGCGGUGUGGCGAAUCCUUUAAGAGAGGCAGGCAGUGUGACUGUGAUCCGGACUGCGCUCGCUACAGCAAGUGCUGCCCAGAUUACAAGAGCCAGUGUGGUAUUGAAGAGCCAGAGCCUCCCCAGAUCCAGCCAAAUGAGGAGCCAGAGAUGACUCCCAAUCCACAGGAGGAACUAAAUGAAGAUGACCAGUUCAUGCCAUUGGUCACUCCAGAACCAGAACUCCAGGAUGAACAGGGAGAUGAUAUAAAGGGUGAGACCUGGCCAGAUCUCCCUGUUCCCUCUCCUGAGGCUGAGCAAGAGGCCAUUUUAGAGGGGGACUACACACCCUUCCCUGAGGAAUUGGAUCCAGAGGCAACACCAGGCCAAGAGGGGACCCCACCAGCAGAGGCCAACCUCAACCCCUACCUUUCCGAACCAGCCAAGGUGGUUCCCACUGAGACAGCAGACUCCAGUGUUCCUGAGGGACAGCCUGAUUCCAGCAGCAGCCCGUCUGCAUUAGACACAACUCCCCCUGGAUCCUUCUCUGAGCCCACCUCUGCCUCCGACCAGGUCUUCCCGAGCUCAGAGCCCCAGCCUGGGCCUACUCCUGCAGAGGACACCCUUGAAAUCCUAUCUGAAGGACAGAGUGAAUUGGACCCUGAGGGUCAGGAGGCAGAAUCUGAGAACACACUGCCAAAGGACUCUGAACCCACACCCUCAAACCUAGAGAAUGCUGCCACCACACCAGCCUCCGACCCAACCUCUACCGGCCCCACACAGGGUACAGAGGAUCCUGAGGCUACCCCUGCAUCUCUAGACAGCACCACCCCCCCCACCAAGCCUGACCAGACACCCAGUGCCACUAAAGGAGAUACCCCAAGCUCAGAGCAGGACAGCUCCAAGGAGAAUGCCCCAACUACCACCCCUUUAGACCCACAGGAUCCCAAUGCGGCCUCUGAGGCACCAGCAUCUGAGAGUGGUCCCGAAGCUAAACCUGGCAGAGGGGACACCCCAGAUAGUUUUGAUGACAGCAGUGUCCCCCAGACUGGAGAUCUGGCAACGCCUCCCACCUCAGAUCCUCAGGCCACAUCAACAGACCCAACGGAACAUGAAGAGAAAGGAGACGAGACCACUACCGACCCCAUGAAGCUCACUCUCGUCCUCACCAUCAAACCCACCCCCAACAAAACCAUGGAGAAACCCAAGCCCAGCAAACCCACAGGGAAACCCAAGCCCAGUCCUACACGGCCCAGCACCCUCACUGAUAUCAACCAAGAUCUGGGCACAGACAACCCCAGGGACUACCAAGCAGAUGAACACAAUGACACCAACAUCUGCAGCGGUCGUCCCGUCGGCGCGGUGACUACGCUGAGGAAUGGGACCGUGGUGGUUUUCAGAGGACACUAUUUCUGGGUGUUGGACAGCAAUAGGGUGCCUGGACCUGCCCGUGGGAUCACAGACGUGUGGGGUGUCCCUUCUCCCAUCGACACAGUCUUCACCCGCUGCAACUGCCAGGGCAAGACAUACUUCUUCAAGGGUUCUAACUACUGGAGGUUCGAGAAUGGCAUGAUGGAGCCCGGCUACCCCAAGCUGAUCAGGGUGGGCUUCYAUGGGCUGCAAGGACAGAUCACGGCUGCCCUGUCUGUGCCGGAGUACCGCAAGAGGAGAGAGUCUGUCUACUUCUUCAAGAGAGGAGGCUUGGUGCAGAAGUAUUCCUACCAGUCUGGCAUCAGCCCUACAUGCGGCAGGAAGGUCCACUACUCUGUUCAUACCGUACGCAACCGUGUUGCCAGGCAAGCAGUGCCUCUGCUGGGACAGGAGAUCAACAUCCGUCUGACCUGGAGAGGCUUCCCGUCCACCGUGACCUCCGCCGUGUCCAUCCCCACCCACAGGAAACCAGAGGGAUACAACUACUACCUCUUCUCACGCUCCAAAUACUACAACGUCAAUAUGGGAGAUGAGCGACCUUUCAUAGCUACUCCCCCGGUGAGCUCCGCUCCCCAGAAGAACUCAGCCAAAGACUUUUUCAACUGUCCAAAGGAAGUUUGAGGAGAAACAGCAGGGACAUUCAAAAACAGAUUCACUGACACACCAUUUUCCUAAUGGAUCUCAAACUUUAUUWGCAUCAUUAUUCAUAAAACCAAUACCACAAUGUUUUAGCAAGGACUCCACGUAACAAAUCUU